AUGCUGAAAGGCAGGAAGACGUGUCACACAGGGAAGGGCCGUACCGCCGGCUGGAACAUGCCUCUGGGAUACCCCAUUGACCAGGGCAAGAUGUCUCCAAGGGCUGUGACAUCCCACAGGGUAGAACGCACAAAAACACACACACACACUCACACUCUACACUGUAGGUGUUCUGGAAACCAAAACAAUAAACUGUGUGUGAUGUGUUUCCUCCAAGGGGUGGCAGAUUUCUUCAAUGCCAGCUGUAUCCCUGGGUCACAGGGGGACCCGCUCUCCCUUUGCCAGCUGUGUAAAGGCAACGGAGCUGGACAGUUCAUAUGUGACAAGACUGAAAAUGAGAGAUACUACGCUUACAACGGUGCCUUCAGGUAAAGUAACCCUCUCAUGCUGAUACUGUGCAGCCUUUACGACUAUACUCUCAGCGGUUAACCCACAGAAUAUGAUUUCUAUGUGUUAACCACUAUACUGUGCUCUCUCUGUCUAUCUCUCUCUGUCUUUCUUUCUCCCUUUGUCUCUUUCUCUCUCUGUGUCUCUCUCUCUCUCUCUGAGACAGAUGCUUGGCUGAAGAUGCAGGGGAUGUGGCCUUCGUGAAGCACACCACAGUGGCGGAGAACACAGACGGUAGGCUGAGCUCUUCUCUAUCCUCCCAAACCCUCCUUCCCUCUGCCCUCCACCUCCUCUGCCCCCUGUUGGUGUAUAACUGUAUAACCCUGUGUCUGUUUUUUCCUGCUGUGUUCGGACUACGAGCUGCUGUGUAGAGACGGGACCAGGGCCCCAGUGAGAGAACACCACCGGUGCCACCUGGUCAGGGUGCCAGCCAGGGGCAUCGUGGUCAAAUCUGACAUCAGUGGCACAGCGGUCUACGACAUGCUGACCGAGGGACUGGUGGGUAUUCUUCAUUACAUUUCUAUUUUUUGUCAGAUUUAUUUUUUGUUCUGUGUUGUGUGUUAUAUAUAGUAUGGUCGGGCUGUUUCUCGCUAUGGCAAAGACACUCUUGAGACGUAGUCAGAGGUACCCUGGUCUUGUUGUCUAGAUAACCCUGGUUUAAUACUGGUUGUGUUUUUUUUAUCAGAAGAAGUCAGGUUUCCCCAUCUUUCAGCCGGGCGAGUUCGGCGAUAAUUUGCUGUUCAUGUCAUGAGCCCUCUCACUCCACCGGGUUACCACCUUAAUUUGUUUCCACUAUCUUCCACUCUGCUCACCACUCUCUCUCUACUCAGCCUAACUAGCUCCACCUGUCCCUGCUCUGCUCGGCUCUAAUUACUCUGCCAGCUGCGCUGCAUUACCCACUAACCUCUCCCAGUAUUUAAAGCCCUGUCUUUCAGCUCUCCUUUGUCAGAUCGUCUGCAAAGCUCACACCCGGAACCUGUUUGCUCGCGCUUCUGGCUCACCCUUGUUUUGUGACCCCGGACCUGCCUGAUUCUUGGAUACUCUUCUGCCCCAGGAAAACCAGACCUGCUUUCUGCCAUUACGACUCCUGACUACUCUUCGAUCCCGGUAACUCUGACCAGCCUUCUGCCUUGCUACAACGUAUUUGGAUUUCCCUUGAACUGUACUUCUGCCUUGUUUCAUCCGCCCCGUUGUGUCUGUGUUUCCCCCCCCCCCAGGACUUCUGGACCACCAACCACCGGCGUCAUAGGACGCAUCGCUGCCACUGGGGGGGGCACAGACCCAGCACAUUGGACGGAAUCCCUGUUAUUCCCAGUAACCCCUGGAGCCUUCACUCACUCCCUACUUCCCUUUUCCCUUAAGUUUUAAUAAACUUUCUGGUGUGACGCAAUUGUGGUCCUCUGGUCGUCUGUCUGAACCGUGACAGUACGAUCUGACCAUCAUGGACUCAGCGCACACUUCCCCCGACAUGGAAACCGACGAACCUGAGCAACCCACCGCCAUGCUACGCCUGGAACACACUGAGAGAGAGCUAGCCCGCAUGAGCGGCGACAUCACCUCUCUGCUUCAGGUCGGCCACCAACAGCAUCAGCAGUUCCAGCAGCACCAGCAGCAGUUCCAGCAGCAGCAACAACAACUCGCCAUGAUCAUCCAACUCCUCACCAACCUUACCCCAGCCACUCCGCCCACCGGCCCGUUUCCAGGCAGUCUGCCCACCAGCCCUGCCCCCGAGUUACCUGCCCCGGUCAUUGCAGCCGCUGCUCCGGAACCCAAGAUUGGAAACCCCGAGCGGUUCAACGGCGAUUCUACCCAGGUCCGGCCAUUCCUGACUAGCUGCCGACUUCAGUUCUCCUUGCAGCCAAGGACCUUCGCCACGGAGGGGGCUAAAGUUGGGUAUGCCAUCACUCACCUGACGGGCCGAGCUCGACUCUGGGGAACAGCAGAGUUCGAACGUCAAACCCCCGCAUGUGCAACCUUCGACCUGUUUGCUGAGGAGAUGCUGAAGGUGUUUGACCUGGAUUCACCAACCGCAGAGGCGUCUCGUGAACUGUUCAGUAUUCGACAAGGCAGACGUACAGUCGCAGACCAUUCCAUCGACUUCCGAACCCUGGCAAGACGAAGUUCUUGGAACACACCAUCGUUGGUGGACGCGUUCUUCCAUAGCUUGGCUGACUAUAUCAAGGACGAGUUGGUCUCCCAUGAACUGCCUUCCACUCUUGAUGAAGCCAUCGCACUGACUGUCCGGAUCGACAGAAGGAUACAGACCCGUCGUCGUUAGAGGGGGCGCCAAGGUCCACCAACUACCGGCAUUCGGAGAGAUCCGACUGGGCUCCUGUCAUCUACUGCCACUCACCCAAGUCAGCUUGAUCAGUCUGAGCCUAUGGAGAUUGGGCGAGCCUCUCUCACUCCUGCAGAGCGCCAGCGCCGCUUCACCUCAAACCUCUGCCUCUAUUGUGGAGGUGAUGGACAUCGUGUGGUAACCUGCCCUUUAAAAGCCGAAGCUCACCGGGCAUAGGGGGAGUCCGGUUGAGCUCAAUGACCAUCCAGUCCUCCGACCGCAAACCCCUGCUGCAAGUUCACCUCCGCCUCUCUGACUCAACUCACACCCUGGCUGCUCUGGUGGAUUCUGGCGCCGAAGCCAACAUAAUGGACAUCAAGCUGGCACGCCAACUGGGACUGGAGAACCUCCGUUUGACACCUCCUAUUCCUGCCCGGGCACUGGACGGACACUUACUCGGAUCGGUCACUCAUGUCACGGCCCCGGUCUCGAUGGGUCUGUCCGGAAACCAUCAAGAAACUAUCCAGUUUCACCUGCUCCCCUCUCCAGGCCAACCCCUCAUCCUGGGUUACCCAUGGCUCCGCCGGCACAACCCUCAGCUCGACUGGGUGACCGGGGUGAUCAGGGAGUGGGGAGAGGACUGCCACCGAACCUGCCUGCUUGCUGCCGCACUACCCCCUCGGCCAGUACCUACUAACUCCGCUCCUGACCUCUCCAAUGUCCCAGAAUGCUACCAUGGUCUCAGAGAAGUGUUUAACAAAGCAAGAGCCACAUCUCUGCCCCCUCACCGACCGUACGACUGUGCCAUCGACCUCCUCCCUGGAACAGCCCCUCCAAAGGGCCGUCUUUAUUCGUUGUCUGCUCCUGAAAGAAAGUCCAUGGAGGACUACAUCAAUGACUCUCUGUCCGCAGGAUUAAUCCGUUCAUCUUCAUCUCCGGCUGGUGCUGGCUUCUUCUUUGUGGGGAAGAGGGACGGAUCUCUUCGCCCCUGCAUCGACUACAGGGGACUCAACGACAUCACAGUGAAGAACCGUUACCCUCUGCCUCUGCUCACCUCUGCUUUUGAGUUGCUCCAGGGAGCCACUGUUUUUACCAAGUUGGAUCUCAGAAACGCUUACCACCUAGUGCGGAUCCGGGAGGGAGAUGAAUGGAAGACCGCAUUCAAUACACCAACAGGCCACUACGAGUAUCUGGUUAUGCCUUUUGGCCUCACCAAUGCUCCUGCUGUGUUCCAGGCUCUAGUGAAUGAUGUACUGCGGGACAUGUUAAACAAGUUUGUCUUCGUUUACCUGGAUGACAUCUUAAUCUACUCCAGAAACCUGUCUGAACACACCCGCCAUGUCCAGCAAGUCCUUCAUCGUCUUCUGGAGAAUUCCCUCUACGCCAAGGCAGAGAAAUGUGAGUUUCACGUCAAGACAGUGGCCUUCCUGGGGUACAUAGUGGCAGAGGGAAGUAUCCAAAUGGAUCCUGCCAAAGUAUCAGCAGUCACUUCAUGGCCAGUUCCGGAGAACAGAAAGAAGCUGCAACAGUUUCUGGGGUUUGCUAACUUCUAUAGAAAGUUUAUCCGGAACUACAGUACCGUUGCUGCCCCUCUCACUGCUCUAACCAGCACCAAGCAACCCUUCACCUGGACCCCAGCAGCCGACAAGGCCUUCAGUACCCUCAAGGUAAGGUUCACCUCCGCUCCCAUCCUCCAGAUGCCUGAUGUGGACCGGCAAUUCAUUGUGGAGGUGGACGCCUCGGAUGUGGGAGUUGGUGCUGUGAUUUCUCAGUGGGCUGCGGAGGAUAGGAAGCUCCAUCCCUGUGCCUUUUUCUCACGUCGGUUGUCCCCCUCUGAGUGCAAUUACGACAUAGGGAACCGAGAGCUGCUGGCUGUGAAGCUUGCCUUGGAGGAGUGGCGUCACUGGCUGGAGGGGUCCACCAUUCCAUUUCUCGUUUGGACCGAUCAUAAGAACUUGGAGUACAUCCGCACGGCCAAACGGUUGAACUCCAGGCAGUCCCGCUGGGCCCUGUUCUUCACCAGGUUUAAUUUCACUCUGUCAUACCGGCCUGGAUCACGCAACACCAAGCCAGACGCCCUCUCCCGUCAAUUCCAGAAGGAUGACAACCCCUCCAAGGAUCCUGUGUCGAUUCUGCCAAGUCCCUGCAUCGUAGCAGCUCUGACCUGGGCUGUUGAGGAACAGGUGCUGGAAGCUCUCCGUAACCAGCCAGGUCCCAGCACUUGCCCAGCUGACCGCCUUUUUGUCCCCGAAAACCUGAGGUCCCAGGUCGUUCAGUGGGGACAUGACUCCCGUCUAGCUUGUCACCCUGGCUCCACCCGCACUUACAACCUGCUCGCCCAGAGGUUCUGGUGGCCCUCUCUGAGAAAGGAUGUACGGGAAUUCGUCCAAGCCUGCCCCAUCUGCAACCAACACAAGUCGUCCUGCCAGCCCCCAGCCGGAUUGCUGCAGCCCCUGCCUGUGCCCAGACGUCCCUGGUCUCACAUCGCCCUUGACUUUGUCACGGGGCUGCCCCCUUCAAGUGGCAUGACCGUCAUUCUCACCAUAGUUGACCGAUUCAGCAAGAUGGCACACUUCAUUCCCCUCCCCAAGCUCCCAACCGCCAAGGAGACCGCCCAGGUGGUCCUGGAACACGUCUUCCGGAUCCACGGACUGCCAAAGGAUGUAGUUUCUGACCGUGGUCCACAAUUCUCCUCCGCUUUUUGGAAGGAGUUCUGUCACCUGCUGGGAGCCACAGUCAGUCUGACUUCCGGAUUCCAUCCCCAAUCCAAUGGGCAGUCAGAGCGGGCAAAUCAGGAGCUCGAGAAGGCACUGCGAUGCAUGACUUCACGCAACCCCCACUCCUGGUCGCAGCAAUUGACAUGGGUGGAGUACGCACACAAUUCUCUGACCUGCUCUGCCAUCGGUAUGUCCCCUUUCCAAUGUGUUUAUGGAUACCAGCCUCCUCUAUUUGCCAGCCAGGAAGGGGAGGUUACUUGCCCAUCUGCACUUGCUUUUGCCCGUCGAUGUCGCCGCACCUGGUCACAAGCCCGAGCCACACUCCUCAGAUCCGUUGCCAGCUACACUACCGGGGCCAACCGUCGGAGAAUCCCUGCUCCCACCUACCAUGUUGGUCAUAGGGUGUGGUUGUCGUCGAAGAACCUGCCACUCAGGGUGGAGUCGCAAAAGCUGGCACCUCGGUUCAUUGGCCCAUUCCCUAUCAUAAGAGUGAUUAGCCCAACUGCUGUCCGGCUCCAACUGCCUAAUUCCAUGAGGGUGCACCCCACUUUCCAUGUGUCUAAGAUUAAGCCCAUUCAUGAGAGUCCGCUGGUCCCUGCUGCGCCUUGUCCUCCUCCUCCACAGCUUGUCGAUGGUGGUCUGGUUUACACCGUCCGCCGCCUGCUUCGGUCCAGACGGAGGGGUAGGGGUCUCCAGUACCUCAUUGACUGGGAGGGCUAUGGACCUGAGGAAAGGACCUGGGUGCCAGCUAGUCGGAUUGUGGAUAGGACUCUCAUCACCGCCUUCCACCAACGGCAUCCUGAUCAACCUGCAAUCCGUAGGGGCCGCCCCAGAGGGGUCCCUAACCGUCCUGCCCGCUCGGCUUCCUGUCCUGUGCCUGAUCCUGUCUCGGGACCUGUCCCAUCUCCCGACCACGGCCCUCCGGCUUCCUCCGAGGAUGAGGACGUUCGCUCGGACCGUUCGGAGGAGUUCUAGCCCUCCUCCGGCUCCCCUCCUCCCGCCCGGCGUGGUGUUGCUCUUGGGACUUCUGGGGCCGUCCCUUGGGGGGGGGGUUCUGUCAUGAGCCCUCUCACUCCACCGGGUUACCACCUUAAUUUGUUUCCACUAUCUUCCACUCUGCUCACCACUCUCUCUCUACUCAGCCUAACUAGCUCCACCUGUCCCUGCUCUGCUCGGCUCUAAUUACUCUGCCAGCUGCGCUGCAUUACCCACUAACCUCUCCCAGUAUUUAAAGCCCUGUCUUUCAGCUCUCCUUUGUCAGAUCGUCUGCAAAGCUCACACCCGGAACCUGUUUGCUCGCGCUUCUGGCUCACCCUUGUUUUGUGACCCCGGACCUGCCUGAUUCUUGGAUACUCUUCUGCCCCAGGAAAACCAGACCUGCUUUCUGCCAUUACGACUCCUGACUACUCUUCGAUCCCGGUAACUCUGACCAGCCUUCUGCCUUGCUACAACGUAUUUGGAUUUCCCUUGAACUGUACUUCUGCCUUGUUUCAUCCGCCCCGUUGUGUCUGUGUUUCCCCCCCCCCAGGACUUCUGGACCACCAACCACCGGCGUCAUAGGACGCAUCGCUGCCACUGGGGGGGGCACAGACCCAGCACAUUGGACGGAAUCCCUGUUAUUCCCAGUAACCCCUGGAGCCUUCACUCACUCCCUACUUCCCUUUUCCCUUAAGUUUUAAUAAACUUUCUGGUGUGACGCAAUUGUGGUCCUCUGGUCGUCUGUCUGAACCGUGACAGUUCAGUGAUUCGUCCACAAAGUUCCUGGCGGUGGAAUCUGAUGAUCCUAAGGUGUGGUUGGGCCCCAUCUACCACAGCACUCUCAAAAUCAUGGACUGCAUCCCAAAGGGUGAGACGACCUCUGACCUCCCUCUCUCUCUCUUUAUCUCUCUCUCUCUGCCACCCUCUCUGCCUCCAUCUCUCUCUCUCUCUCUCUCUCUCUCUCUCACUCUCUUUCUUUCUCACUGUGCAUGUUUGUUUGUAUUAAACAGACUAUGGUCCUUUCUGUGUGUGUGUGUGCAAAGAUGCCCCAGUUCCUGCGUUGGUGUGUGUUGUCCAGCGGUGAGCAGCAGAAGUGUGCAGACAUGUCCGAGGCCUUCAGUGCCAAGUCUCUGCUUCCCAGUAUCCAGUGUGUGAUGGGAUCGUCAGUGGAAAACUGCAUGAAGAAAUUCCAGGUAAAACAGACACUACAUUUACGUUUUACUUUUAUUUAAAGGGACACUUCAACACUUUUUAACCACAUAUUCAUUAUCUCCAACACCAUACCAGCCUCUUCAUGUGAAAACAGUGUUUUUUUAUCUGAUGAGAUAACUAAUGAAUUGAACUCUUAUGUAUGUGGAAUAGUUCCAAAAGUACAAACCCAACCCAUCUGUCACUUCAGACUCUCAAAGUAUUAGAAAGAAAACAAAUACUAUGUGAACCCAAGUUUGGUAGACUCACAGGGCUCUUUCUACAUGGGCUGUUGAAAGAGACUAGGGUGUAGGAAACUUAUAUCUCUGAUAUCCUUCCCUUGUGUGUGUUUGUAGAAUAAAGAAGGAGAUGCCAUUACCCUGGAUGGAGGUUACAUCUACACAGCAGGGAAGACCUAUGGGCUGGUGCCUGUUGCUGGGGAGAGCUACACAGGUAGGACCCCUCUACCACCAAUUCAACCAAGCAGAAACGGACAUGUCCUCAAUACUACGUUUUGCUUAAAACAGCAGUCAGCAGUAGAAACAAUAACAAAGCAGCCUCCCCACCCCUGGUUCGGUAAAAAGCUGAGGGGUGGGGCUGGAGAAAUGUUAUCACUCUCAAAUUCAUAGACAGAGCUAUGGAUGCAAGGACUGACCAUCCAUGAUAUCAACAUGAUAGUUUAACCAUGUUUUGAGGCUGUAUAGUGUUUGUUUGUAUUUUCUUUGUUUACAAACAUUGGAGUAAAACAAGCUUAUAUUUUGGGUUCUGAUGGGGUACGACAGUUGAACUAAGGCAUUUAUAAGUUAUAUUCUUCAAGAAUCAAUGGGUAUAUAUCAUUCAGUUAUAGGUCCAAAAAUGGAUGUAGCAACGGCUGAUUGCCCCUUUAAAGGCUCAAUGCAGCAUUUUUUAUAUCAAUAUCAAAUUAUUUCUGGGUAACAUUUAAGUACCUCACUGUAAUAGUUUUCCAUUAAAAUGUGCAAAAACAGCUUUUUAGCAAAAAAACUUUCUCAAGCAAGAAUUUUGCUAGGACUGUCUGGGAGUGGUCUGAGUGGGGAGGGGAAAACUGAAAACUAGCUGUUAUUGGCAGAGAGGUUUGGAACUGUCUUUGUUAUUGGUCUAUUAACCAAUUUACCGCAAGGUGAUGUCACUAUGGAAAGUCGAAACUCCCGCCCCUUGCAAACCUGCUGAUUAGAAGGUCCUGUGUAGACUGUAUUUUCAACCAGCAAUUAUUAGGAAAUAAUACUGAUCAACAUUUUUCACACUUUUACACUAUUAGUUUCAUCAACUGUUGUACAAUAUGAUAUAAAACACACUUCUGCUGCUCACCGCUGGAAAAAAAAAAAACACACCAACGCAGGAACUGGGCCUUUAAGUUCCUUCCACACAUAUGGGGUUUGAUCAUGUGAUGAUUUGCUGCAAAUCAAAUUGCCUUUUGGGACAAUAACUAAACACACAAUAAACCCUCUUCCUCUUUUCCUCUUUCCCCUCCUCCUCCUACCUCUUCCUUCUUCUCCUGCUCCUCCUCUCUCUCAUAGGGGACAGUGAUGGCAGUAUUUACUAUGCCGUGGCGGUAGUGAAGAAGUCCAACCGCGAUAUCACCAAGCUGGAGGACCUGAGGGGGCUGAGCUCCUGUCACACUGGCUAUGGCCGUACCGCCGGCUGGAACAUCCCCAUAGGCCUGCUCAUAGAGAAAGGCCUCUUCAGACCCGCACAGUGCCAGAUACCACAGGGUAGGUCAUAAACCAGGGUGUGUGUGUCUGUGUGUGUGUGUGUGCAUGUGUGUGUGCAUGGAAGCAUGUGUGUUCAUCUUACUUUCCUACUGUCUGUCUGACCCUCUCUGUCUCCUUCUGUCCACCUCAGCCGCUGGAGUUUUCUUUAAGAACAGCUGUGUCCCUGGUGCCAAUCUGCCUGGUUUCCCUGACAACCUGUGUGGCCUAUGUGUUGGGGACAGCAGCGGGCAGAACAAGUGUGAGAAAGGCAAGGACCUGUUUGACGGAUAUGAUGGAGCUUUCAGGUACAGUACAUCUCACAACUUAAUGGUACACUUAAAGAGUUUGGCUCAGACAUAGAUUUAGACAUAGAGAUUUAGAGUUGUAUAACAGGCACCAAAAUGUGCCAAGACAAUUCCAUUGCAGUUAUAACACCAAUUACAGUGUUAUAUUCAAUGAGUGUAUGCCAAACUAUGUACAUGUUUAUUGGCUCUGGUUUGGUGCAAUGUUGGAUAGGGAACAUACUAGGGAUAGAUAGCGUCAUUGACUUUCAUACAAUGUUUGUUCAUUUGAAUCAGGUGUUUGGCCAAGGGAGAUGGAGAGGUAGCCUUCAUCAAACACACCACUGUCUUCCAGAACACUGAUGGUAAGUGUGUGUGUGUGUGUGUGUGUGUGUGUGUGUGUGUGUGUGUGUCAGAGUUAUUAUAAUAAACUAAAACUGAAACUAAAACGAAAACUAAUCAUGAAAAAAACGAUUUAGUAAACUGAAAUAAAUCAUUAACAAAUCCGUUUGAAAAACUAAAACUAUACUGAAACUAUUAUCUUUGACUCCAAAACUAACUACACUAAAAUGAAAACCAUCAUGAAUAAUGUCUGAUGGGGGUUUUCAAGCUUUUUUUCUAAUGGGGUUUUCAAGCUUCUGAAUUUGGCGGGUCACAUUGAGAUUUAAUUUAUAAUUUAAAGGUAGACUCAGUGAAAUGUUGUUGCCACGAGCAGCACCGCAGAUAUUGGGUGCGUUUGAGUGGUAAAGCUAAAGCAACCGACUGUAGACGAAAGUCAAGGAGUAAAGUCAGGCUGGGUUGCAUCUGCGACAGCCAAAAGUCAGACACUAUUGUUGUUUUCAAAAAGCAAGGCUCAGAUCAAUAUGACAGUGUUCCCAUUGUUUAUAAAAGGUUUUCUUUAUAAUGUUGAAAUAAACAUGUAUCUAACCCCCAUAUCACAUACUCACAAACUGAAAUCAUAAUAUAAUAUUAUGUGUGUACACAUUGUACAAUCAAUCAGUGUGAGAGAGACUAAAAUAUCACAUUUAUUUGCAUACAUCCACUGUACACAUAAAUCACAGUAAAUUGGUUUCUGUUUCAAUCAUGUCUUUGGUCACGUUUCCGUCAAACAAAAACACCCUAAUAAUGCAGGCGAUGGCUGCAGGAUGAAGUCGGUGAGGAGCAACUACAGAAACUUGCAGUCGACUGCAGUUAAAACUUCAUGGCCUUUGAUCACAUAAUUUGUGCAAAGUUAAUGUCGGCAUGUACAGUGGCUUGCGAAAGUAUUCACCCCCCUUGGCAUUUUUCCUAUUUUGUUGCCUUACAACCUGGAAUUCAAAUGGAUUUUUGGGGGGUUUGUAUCAUUUGAUUUACACAGCAUGUCUACCACUUUGAAGAUGCAAAAUAUUUUUUCUUGUGAAACAAACAAGAAAUAAGACAAAAAAACUGAAAACUUGAGCAUGCAUAAUUAUUCCCCCCCCCAAAGUCAAUACUUUGUAGAGCCACCUUUUGCAGCAAUUACAGUUCUCUCUGCUACCGCACGGCAAGCGGUACCGGAGUGCCAAGUCUAGGUCCAAAAGACUUCUCAACAGCUUCUACCCCCAAGCCAUAAGACUCCUGAACAGCUAAUCAUGGCUACCCAGACUAUUUGCACAGCCCCCCCCCCACCCCAUCUUUUUACGCUGCUGCUACUCUGUUCAUUAUUUAUGCAUAGUCACUUUAACUCUACCCACAUGUACAUAUUACUUCAACUACCUCAACUAGCCGGUGCCCCCGCACAUUGACUCUGCACCGGUACCCCCCUGUAUAUAUAGCCUCCCUACUGUUAUUUUAUUUUACUUCUGCUCUUUUUUUCUCAACACUUUUUUGUUGUUGUUCUAUUUUACUUUUUUAUAAAAAAAUAAAUGCACUGUUGGUUAAGGGUUAGGGUUAGAUAAGAUAACAAAAUACAAACAAAAAAACAUGUGAUUUCUAUUUAUUUUUUUGUUCCAUUAUCUUUGAAAUGCAAGAGAAAGGCCACAAUAUACUAUUGCAGUUUAGGCGCAAUUUAGAUUUUGGCCACUAGAAAGCAGAAGUGUGUGUGCAAAGUUUCAGAUUGAUCCAGUGAAGCAUUGCAAUACUGGACUAUCUUGUAUCAGGUCUGCCCAAAUGUGCCGAAUUGGUCAAUUGACACAUUUUCAAGUACAUAACUAUAGAGAACAAACAAAAAUGAUAUGGUAACACAAAAUGUAAGUUUACACACUCCCAGGAAUGUCAUACAUGAUGGAUCAUUAGCUUAUACACUAACUUUCACACAUCUAGAUGGCCGGGCGGGGUGGGUGUGGAGCCAGAGACAGCAGGGGUUCAAACUGUAGAACCCAAUUCCUACAUUUGAAUAUAAAAAUGGAUUUUAUCAAACAAAACUAUGCUACAUUUUAUCUCUGGAACUCUCAGGAUGACAAAUCAGAGCAAAAUUACUGAAUGUAAGUAUAUUAUUUACCUUCAGAGGUAAAUGUAUCAAUUCAGGUGCCGUGAUAAGUUUUUUGUUGUUGUGCACUCUCCUCAAACAAUUGUAUGGUAUUUUUUCAUUGUAAUAGCUUCUGUAAAUUGUACAGUGCAGUUAUAUGAACAAGAAUUUAAGCUUUCUGCCCAUAUAAGACAUGUCUAUGUCCUGGAAAGUUUGCUCUUAAUUACAACAGUCAUGCAAAUCACAUUGGCGCACAUUAGCUCAACCGUCUGGGACACCGAUCCCGUAGAGGUUAACAGAAGACAGGUCCAAUCGGGUCCAGUUGGUAAAUCUAUGUUAAUUGCACAUACCCGAGACCCGUGGCAAUAAUAUCAGACCGGACCCAGAUCCGAGACAAAAGUCACCGGUCGGAUCUCGGAAUUUCGGGUCUGUUGGACCCGUGGAGACCUCUACUUCAUGCUGCUACAACGUGGUAGCUACGGGACCAAAACAGUAGAGAAGUUUAGCCUCACACUUCUACGCUCCUGAGCCCUAUACUACAUACCUGGUUUGAGGAGUUAGCGAGGUAACUUUGGUCAACUCUGAGUUCAACUAGGGAUUACUGGUACCACUAAAGUGGUUCACCUUUAAGGCAGGUACCAACACAUUUAUACAGAACAAACCUGCUCCGGGACAGGCUAACUCAUGGCUAACUCCAUUUAUACUAAAUGAAGUGUCUGAGCCACGAGUUGAGGCCCAAUGAAAGCAGAUUCCUCCUUCUCGCAUCAUCCCCUUCUUUUGAGAAAGACGAUAAAAUAUUUUAUGAAUAAUUUGUUUUGUGUGUAAAAAAAUUGUCAUGUUAAAAUACCUAUCACAUUUAGUAAUGACAGAAUGCAUUGGAAACUUCACACACAAUAAAACUUUUGUAUGACUUCUCGAAAUGAGUGGGGGAAAAGGUGCCUAGCAGUAACCGAAAGGUUGCUGGUUUGAAUACCAGCGCUAACAAGGUGAAAAAUCUGCUAUUGUGUCCUUGAGCAAGGCACUUAACACUAAUUUGCUCUAGGGGUGCCGUACUACUAAGGCUGGCCCUGUAAAACAACACAUUUCUACUUUGUUUUACUGUGGCUGACUCUGUAAAACAACACAUUUCACUGCACCUAUCCGGUGUAUGUGACAAUAGAAAACAUAUAUUUUUAUUAUUUUUUAUUAACGAUACGUAAUAAUAUAAAGACUGCACUUCUAAAAGCCUAUUUCACAUCAUAGCCAGCUGAAAUUGAACGAUAACUUUUCUUUCGUUUUGAUUUUCGCACAAAUGAAAAGGUGGCACUGACUCUCCCAUGGAUUGAUGUUGCAGCAUUGUCUCAGUGAAGAGUUCAGCAUUCGACUAGCCACGUGUGACAUGCACACGCAGUUACAAGCCUGCUAGAUUUAGCGGCAGGCGGACAAGCAAUAUCCACCGUCGUAAUACGAAUGAAGCCUGAGCUGGAAUGUGAAGCUAACUGAAGCUGGCUAGCUUUAGAAAACCCUGAGUAGGGGCUCCAUAUGAUCCACAUCGCGGAAAUUCAGCUUUACGGUGUAAUUGAAAUUUUACAGAAAUGUUCCCGCUUUACCGGAGACUGCAUUUACGGUAAACACUGCUUAUGUCAGCAAAAUCAGAAAUUACUUUUAAAUUUCUAUCGCAGAAUCUGUAAAUUGACAUCCCAAAAAACACAAAAACUAAACACAUAAAUGGCUAACCUUCCACAUAUAGGCUUCUUUGAGGCCCUAACACUAAAACUAGAACUGAAACUAAAUAAUAUAAAAACGUCAAACAAAAUAACAUGUUUUUAUCAAACUUAAACAUAAUAAAAACUAGUAAACUGGAUCUGAAAACUAACUGAAAAUGAACUGCAUUUCUAAUGAAAAUCUUAAAACUAAUAGAAAAAAUAUAUACAGUUGAAGUUGGAAGUUUACAUGCACCUUAGCCAAAUACAUUUAAACUCAGUUUUUCACAAUUCCUGACAUUUAAUCCUAAUAAAAAUUCCCUGUCUUAGGUCAGUUAGGAUCACCACUUUAUUUUAAGAAUGUGAAAUGUCUGAAUAAUAGUAGUGUUACGUGUGAAAUGUUUUUCUUUCUCCCAAUCUUCCUUUGUGGUGUGUGUGGAUCAGAGUGGUUGUUCUGUUUGUGGGUUCUGGUCAUUACAGGUGUGCUGAGUUGCGGCUGACGAUGGUGGGCGUGGCUUGUGUCCGGAGUCCUGGCAGCUGUGGCUGAUUGACUAGAGUAUAAACUGUUUGCCGUGUGAGCUCGAGAGGAAGAGGGGGUACUUUUUGUUUGGCUGAGGAUUUGGUUAUUGGUUGUUUUAAUUUAUCUUUGUUUGUGUUCCAGCCUGUCAUCCUGUUGUAUUCCACCCUACCUGGGUCCUGGAGAAGGGAAAGGUAGUUCUGCCCAUGGGUGUACAUUCACACAGAGAUAACCCACUGUUUUACACUCUAGGUUAGCCGUGCGGGUGUCACCCCUGUAUUUGUGGUAACAGGUAGGAAAGCUGGUUAAGGGUUAGAGUGUGAUAGGAAGGAUUAGGUGUGUAGAAGAGAAGGGAUCUUUUGUUUAUUUUCAUUACUUGGACCCCGACCCCAAACAUUCCCUUCUCUUACCUUCCCUGGUUUGUUUGAUUGGUUUUUGUUUUAUUUACUGUUUCUUUAUGGGUGUUGUAUAAUUCUGUUUAAUUACUUUACUAAAUGUCCCUGAGGGCUAACAUUGAGUUCAGGUUGUUGUGUCUGGUUAUUUUAGUUCAUUACACCCCACAUUUCUUCCUCGUCCAUCUAGUUUACAUUGUGUGCGCAGGCACGGGCAUUUACGUCUCCUCCUCAGACGAUCUACACCCUAGGGGAGAACGUAACAGAGAAUUAUUUAUUUCAGCUUUUAUUUCUUUCAUCACAUUCCCAGUGGAUCAGAAGUUUACAUACACUCAAUUAGUAUUUUGUAGUAUUGCCUUUAAAUUGUUUAACUUGGGCCAAACGUUUUGGGUAGCCUUCCACAAGUUUCCCACAAUAAGUUGGGUGAGUUUUGGCCCAUUCCUCCUGACAGCUGGUGUAACUGAGUCAGGUUUGUAGGCCUCCUUGCUCGCACACGCUUUUUCAGUUCUGCCCACAAAUGUUCUAUAGGAUUGAGGUCAGGGCUUUCUGAUGGCCACUCCAAUACCUUGAAUGUAUUGUCCUUAAGCCAUUUAGCCACAACUUUGGAAGCAUGCUUGGGGUCAUUGUCCAUUUGGAAGACCCAUUUGCGACCAAGCUUUAGCUUCCUGAAUUAUGUCUUGAUGUUGCUUCAAUAUAUCCACAUAAUUUUCCUUCGUCAUGAUGCCAUCUAUUUUGUGAAGUGCACCAGUCCCUCCUGCAGCAAAGCACCCCCACAGCAGGAUGCUGCCACACCCGUGGUUCACGGUUGGGAUGGUGUUCUUCGGCUUGCAAGCACCCCCUUUUUCCUCCAAACAUAACGAUUGUCAUUAUGGCCAAACAGUUCUAUUUUUGUUUAAUCAGACCAGAGGACAUUUCUCCAAAAAGUACGAUCUUUGUCCCCAUGUGCAGUUGCAAACCGUAGUCUGGCUUUUUUAUGGCGGUAUUGGAGCAGUGGCUUCAUGGUGUUUAUACUUGUGUACUAUUGUUUGGUAAUUGCUCCCAAGGAUGAACCAGACUUGUGGAGGUCUACAUUUUUUUUAUGAGGUCUUGGCUGAUUUCUUUUGAUUUUCCCAUGAUGUCAAGCAAAGAGGCACUGAGUUUGAAGGUAGGUCUUGAAAUACAUCCACAGGUACACCUCCAAUUGACGUCAAUUAGCCUAUCAGAAGCUUAUAAAGCCAUGACAUCAUUUUCUGGAAUUUUCCAAGCUGUUUAAAGGCACAGUCAACUUGUUUAUUUUUUUGUCAUUUAGCAGACGCUCUUAUCCAGAGCAACUUACAGGAGCAAUUAGGGUUAAGUGCCUUGCUCAAGGGCACAUCAACAGAUUUUUCACCUAGUCGGCUCGGGGAUUAGAACCAGUGACCUUUCGGUUACUGGCACAACGCUCUUAACCGCUAAGCUACCUGCCGCCCCACACUUAGUGUAUGUAAACUUCUGACCCACUGGAAUUGUGAUACAGUGAAAUAAUCUGUCUGUAAACAAUUGUUGGAAAAAUGACUUAUGUCAUGCACAAAGUAGACGUCCUAACCGACUUGCCAAAACUAUAGUUUGUUAACAAGACAUUUGUGGAGUGGUUGAAAAACGAGUUUUAAUGACUCCAAUCUAAGUGUAUGUAAACCUGCGACUUCAACUGUAUACUGAACAAAAAUAUAAGCGCAACAUGUAAAGUGUUGGUCUCAUGUUUCAUGGGCUGAAAUAAAAGAUCCCAGAUAUUGUUCAUAUGCACAAAAAGCUUAUUUCUCUCAAAUGUUGUGCACAAAUGUGUUUACAUCCCUGUUAGUGAGCAUUUCUCCUUUGCCAAGAUAAUCCAUCCACCUGACAGGUGUGGCAUAUCAAGAAGCUGAUUAAACAGCAUGAUCAUUACACAGGUGCACCUUGUGCUGGGGAAAAUAAAAGCCACUCUAAUAAAAUGUGCAGUUUUGUCACACAACACAAUGCCACAGAUGUCUCAUGUUUUGAGGAAGCAUGCAAUUGGCAUGCUGACUGCAGGAAUGUCCACCAGAGCUAUUGCAAGAGAAUUGAAUGUUCAUUUCUCGACCAUAAGCAGCCUCCAACGUCGUUUUAGAGAAUUUGGCAGUACGUCCAACCGGCCUCACAUCCGCAGGCCACGUGUAUGGCAUCGUGUGGGAGAGCGGUUUGCUGAUGUCAACAUUGUGAACAGAGUGUCCCAUAGUGGCGGUGUGGUUAUGGUAUGGGCAGGCAUAAUCUAUGGACAACAAACACAAUUUCAUUUUUAUGAUGACAAUUUCAACGCACAGAGAUACCGUGAAGAGAUCCUGAGGCCCAUUGUCGUGCAAUUCAUCCACCACCAUCACCUCAUAUUGCAUGAUCAUGCACGGCUCCAUAUAUCACAAGGAUCUGUUCAACAUUUGUGGAUGCUGAAAAGGUCCCAGUUCUUCCAUGGCCUAAAUACUCACCAGACAUGUCACCCAUUGGGCAUGUUUGGGAUGCUCCUGAUCCACGUGUACGACAACGUGUUCCUGUUCCUGCCAAUAUCCAGCAACUUCGCACAGCCAUUGAAAAGGAGUGAGACCACAUUCCACAGGCCACAAUCAACAGCCUGAUACAACUCUAUGCGAAAGAGAUGUGUCGUGCUACAUGAGGCAAAUGGUGGUCACACCAGAUACUGACUGGUUUUCUGAUCCACGCCCCUACCUUUCUUUAAUGUAUCUGUGACCAACGAAGCAAAGCUGUCAUCAAGGUAAAAGGGUGGCUUUUUGAAGAAUCUCAAAUAGAAAAUAUAUUUUGAUUUGUUUAACACUUUUUUGGUUACUACAUGAUUCCAUGUGUUUUUUCAUAGUUUUGAUGUCUUCACUAUUAUUCUACAAUGCAGAAAAUAGUAAAAAUAAAGAAAAUCCCUUGAAUGAGUUUGUGUGUCCAAACUUUUGACUGGUACUGUAUAUCUGUUCUCUAGGUAACUCAGGUGAGUCGUGGGCCAUUGACCUGCAGUCUAAGGAUUUCCAGCUCCUGUGCCCCCAGGGCUCCAGGGUGGAGGUGACCCAGUAUGGCCACUGUAACCUGGCCCGGGUCCCCUCCCACGCCGUCAUGGUACGGCCCGACACCAACAUCUACGCCCUCUACGGCCUGCUGGACAAAGCACAGGUAAGACUGACUGGGCCAGUGGUUGGUUGAUUGAUUGAUUGAUAGUACACAUGUAGCAUAACAUCAUAGAAAGAAAGAAAUUACCCCUUCUAUUCACACCUUAAAAAGUGAACAUUAAACAAUUAACUACCGGUACAUGUUUAUUAUUAACGACAUGCUGAUAAAACUAAGUGGUAGUUGAUAUACUUUCCUCCUCCUUAUCUCUCUCCAUGACUACUAUAGUAGUCACAUGCAUUCAGAGUUCAAGAUGUUUGACUCGUCUGAGUACCAGGGCUCUGACCUCAUCUUCAAAGACUCCACUGUCAGUAUGAUCAGAGUGGCUGAGAGGAAAACCUAUGACCAGUGGCUGGGACAGGGCUACAUGGACUCAUUCACCAACAUGGAGUGCAACUCCUCUUCUAAAGGUACAGUGUACACACACACUUUGAUCUCACUCAUUUUAGUGACAGUAAUGCUUUGAAAAUAGUAGCUUUCAUAUGUGUUGGUGUACUGAAUACAGGAGGUUGGUUGCACCUUAAUUGGGGAGAAAGGGCUCAUGGUAAUCCCUGGAGCGGUAUCAAAUACAUAAAUAACAUGGUUUCCAGGUUUGAUGCCAUUCCAUUAGCUCCGUUCCAGACAUUAUUAUGAGCCAUUCUCCCAUCAGCAGCCUCCACUGGUACUGAAGUAUGUUUGUGUGUUUUUCCUGCAGUACUGUCCUCUGUCUCCCUGCUCCUGGUGGCACUGAUGAGCUCCAUCUUCAUCUGGGCGUAAGAAGACUUGUCCUUCCCCAAACCCAACCCCAAACCCCAUCCAUGUUCCAGCCCCAACUCUAACCCCUGUCCCAGCUCCAACGUCAGCCCCAGUCCCACCUUGAACAUUUCAACCCUAGCCACAGUCCCAGUAGCAACCUAA